CGCAACAAUCUGCUGAUAUCGUUACCCGUUUACUGUCCUCGAUAUGAAGAGAGAACAAGGUAAAAUAUCCCGAAAGAGAGACAAACUCCUGAUGCCUCCCUCCCUGCCACUUUCGUCUUGCCUCCGCCUCCCUACCACCACCCAGUCCCUUCUUAACAAUGCUUAUAUCCACGUCUUCAACGUUACAGUUUCUUUUUCUUAUUUCUUGUCUUCAGCAUUUUGUCUUGUUCAGCGCAUUCGCCAGCAUAGAUAACCUCUCAUCAAUUUACACCGACAAAUAAUACAACUUCUAGAAAAAGAGUGAACCAGAGGACGCUAAGCUCGCUACGGUCGAUACAUGAACAAGAACAUGUCCCCUCAAUAAGGGGUGAUAAGUGAGGGGGAAAGGUGGAUAGGACAGCGAUAGCCGCUCCUUUUCCGAUCAAGGAGAAGAAGAACGAGUCAGUCGUAGAAGAAGCAAGGCAACGAAUAAAGUUGUGUUUGUUUUAGAUCCUCUUCUGAAACACGGACAAGAUGAAGGCGUUAGGAGCAAAUCAGCGAACAAAUGUUGCCUAUGGCAACCCAAUAAUAGGAGAUAUAGAGCAGGGGAAGGCGCUCAGAAGGUAUAGAAAUUUAUGACGAAGGAGAAUGUGUUGUAGUUUGACCAUCACGAUAAAGAUUAAGACUUGAGACGCACUGAUGAUGAUAAGCAUAAGAUGAAUUUCUCUCCCAAAAAAUGGGCGUUCUUUCUCUAUAGCAUCACAUCAUGCUCUCUUACUCCUCAACAGGCCCGAGUACACAUCUACAUGGACAACUAGGACAACUCUAACUCAAACAUUAUGUUUUAGGAGUAGUUCAUCUCAGGAAUCAAUGGCACCAGAUGCAGACCAGAUGCAAAUCAGGGGUUAGCAUCCCAUUCAAAUUUCAACACCAGGUUAAAGGUUAUCCUCAAAGACACAAAGAACACCACUCCAAAACAGGCAUCGCGACCAGCUUCGAAAGAUGCAAUGUAGCAUUGAUAAUAGGCCACCGGCUCCCAUGCCACACUUGCAGUUGUUUGGUAGGGAUUAUUUCGCAAGAAAGAGAGCGACAACAGAAGCAGCCUUUCAAGACCUGAAGAUGAUUCAGGCAAUAGCAAGAACAAUGACGAGACCAAUAGAAGCGCCGAGGGGAUUGCGUACUAAAAAUACUGUUAUAAUUGUCCUCAUGUUUAUUCGAUUUCCUAGUGCAGUGAGUGUAGAAAAAUUGUCUCAACCCAUCCACAAGAACUUCGUCUUCAACAAAUAGAACCUGAACCGUGUUGAUUUACUCUUCGAAUACCAGAUGAAGAUGAAUGAAGAAACGACCCAACCAAUUUCAUAUCAACUUGUACUCCCACUUCAAGAACAGGGUUAGUUCCUUUCAACCAGAAACCUCCACUCUCAAACAACAGCGUCGGGUUCUAUCAAGAGUCUUAACCACAGUGCGAGGAAGAAGGAGCUUUUUAGGAUAACGAUGGAAAAUCACCUUCUUCUGGAACGACUAGAGAGGACCCAACCGGUAUUCUUUGAAUGAAUGAUUGACUACGUUUGUCACGACGACCAUUUUUUGAACGAAUUUUUUUGUUUUUUGGCAAAAACCCGGACGAUCAAUAAAAACCCAACAGGUAAUGAACAAUCAAAGGCUCGACGAGGAAUCAGCGGCGCGCAGGCUGCACAUGAUAAAUUGCAGUUAUAGCGCUAGAAGGGUACUAAUUACUAAUUUUUAUACUAACCUCCAUCCUCAGAUCAUGAAGCCGAAACCAUUGAAGUUUUUACAGGCAAAUCUACGGUGAUUAUUUGAUUUCUGACGACCACCUCGACCUAAAAGUGAUUGUUUCUAAUAAAUUGAAAUUCUAAAAGGCAAUAGUUGUACCAUCCAUUUACAAAACUCCACUCAAACAGAAUGGAUGGUAUGACGACGUCUUGCGACAUAGAACCCACAAAGCCAAGCCUCCCAUGGGAGCGAGAUGUACCUAUCGUUUUCAGAUUUGAUGUCUUUAGUUUUCAGAUUUGAUGUUCCAUGUGAUAGAUUCUCAGAUGACUUGCUCCUGGUUGAUGAUCAAGACUACUUCAUCUUGUUCUUACACUUAUUAAGGACUUACAUGAUAUCCAUGAUACUAUAUUUUUCGUUUUCGAUCCUCUUCAUGAUGCAUCCUAAUGUCUGUGCACUACGUACUCCCUCGUCUUCCAAAACACUUGUUCAGCAUCUCCAGCGCUACCAGCGAUAGAGGAAGCGGAAGGUGGUGGUGGAGCAGACGCAGAGCCUAGGCAAAUAGAAGCUGCGAAACCAGACCCAGUACCAACACGAGCCUCUACAGUUAAGGCUAUUAUCCGUGAUAUGAAUGAGGAUGAGCCAUUUCUUGGAUUUUUUCUUUGUCUGGAGUCAGUGUCUUUUCUACUGGAGUAGUGGGUAGCGUCGUUUCUACCCCUGAAGUGGGCACAUUCAUUCAUUCAUUCAUUCACUCAGACACUCUUCUUCUAUUCCAAAACUGAAAAUAACCAAGUUACUGAAUCAAAUAAGGGAGGUAGCUUAACAUCAAGGCUACUCAUCAUGUUGCAGAAUUCUAAUCUUCGUCCUGCAGAAGCUGAAGACGAGGAGGUCGCUGACGACCCCCAGUACGAGGAGGAGGCGUUUGAAGACGACGAUUAA